AUGCUCGCCGACUUUGCACGUCCCCUCGUCUGCUCAGGGCCUUCGGGCGUCGGCAAAAGUACUCUACUCAAACGUCUAUUCGCCGACCACCCAGACAAGUUCGCCUUUUCCGUCUCCCACACUACCCGCAAGCCCCGCCCGGGCGAGGUCGACGGCAAGGACUACAACUUUACCACCCGCGAGUCCUUCCUGGCUCUCGUGGCCGACGGCGGGUUCAUCGAGCACGCCGAGUUCUCGGGCAACUUGUACGGAACGAGCGUGCAAGCUGUCAAGUCGAUCGCCGCCCAGGGCCGCCGCUGUAUCCUUGACAUCGAGGUCCAGGGCGUCCGCCAGAUAAAAAAGACAGACCUCAAUCCAGUAUACCUCUUCAUCGCGCCUCCUUCAGUCUCUGCCCUGCGCGCCCGCCUGCAGGGACGUGGCACCGACGCGCCCGAAGCCGUCCAAAAGCGCCUCGACACGGCUCUUCUCGAGAUUGCGUACGCCAAGGAGCCCGGCGCGCAUGAUCUCGUCAUCGUCAACGACGACCUCGAACGCGCGUACACCAAGUUCCAAGCUGUGGCGCUCGGUGAAAAGAUCGAGAGCGAUGUCCUCCCGCCGCUCGAUGAUUGA